CGCCGGUGAGCCGCAGCUGCAGUCUAGCCCCGAGGGAGGGAGGAGGAGCCGAGGGGGACCUGGUGUCGCACCCCGCGGGCCACCGCCCCCGUCGGCCGCGCAGCUGGGAGGAUGCGGACGGCAGCGAGAGCGUGCGCGGCCACGUGACGGCCGCUAUAAGAGCGCACGGGGCAGACGCUCGGCUCCCGCGGUGCCUCCUCGCUGGCCGCGCUGCUUCCCGGCGCCGGCUUCUCUGAGCCACCAACCUGCGGCUGCCCCGGCCGCCUGCGCCCCCGGCAGCACCAUGACAGAUCAGGCCUUUGUGACACUGACCACAAACGAUGCCUACGCCAAAGGUGCCCUGGUCUUGGGCUCAUCUCUGAAACAGCAUAGGACCACCAGGAAGCUGGUCGUGCUCGCCACCCCACAGGUCUCAGACUCCAUGAGAAAAGUUUUAGAGACAGUCUUUGAUGAAGUCAUCAUGGUAGAUGUCUUGGACAGUGGUGAUUCUGCUCAUCUAACCUUGAUGAAGAGGCCAGAGUUGGGUGUCACGCUGACAAAGCUCCACUGCUGGUCACUUACCCAGUAUUCAAAAUGUGUAUUCAUGGAUGCAGAUACUCUGGUCCUAGCAAAUAUUGAUGAUCUUUUUGAAAGAGAAGAAUUGUCAGCAGCACCAGACCCAGGGUGGCCUGACUGCUUUAAUUCUGGAGUUUUCGUUUAUCAGCCUUCAGUUGAAACGUAUAAUCAGCUGUUGCAUCUUGCUUCUGAGCAAGGUAGUUUUGAUGGUGGGGACCAAGGCAUACUGAACACAUUUUUUAGCAGCUGGGCAACAACAGAUAUCAGAAAACACCUGCCGUUUAUUUAUAACCUAAGCAGCAUUUCUAUCUAUUCCUACCUCCCAGCAUUUAAAGUGUUUGGUGCAAGUGCGAAAGUUGUGCAUUUCCUGGGAAGAGUCAAACCGUGGAAUUAUACUUAUGAUCCCAAAACAAAAAGUGUCAAAAGUGAGUCCCAUGAUCCCAACAUGACUCAUCCAGAGUUUCUUAUCUUGUGGUGGAACAUCUUUACCACCAACGUUUUACCCCUGCUUCAACAAUUUGGCCUUGUCAAAGACACCUGCUCAUACGUAAAUGUGGAAGAUGUCUCAGGAGCCAUAUCACAUCUGUCCCUUGGGGAGAUCCCAGCUAUGGCACAGCCUUUUGUAUCCUCGGAAGAACGGAAGGAACGGUGGGAACAAGGCCAGGCCGAUUAUAUGGGAGCAGAUUCCUUUGACAACAUCAAGAGGAAACUUGACACUUACCUCCAGUAGAAACACUGCAUUUUCCUGCGAACACAUCCACUUCACAAGCCUUCUUUCUGAUACUUAGUAUCUAGAGCUGGGUUGAGAAAAGUCUGUUACAGUUGCUAGAGGCUUUCACUAAAACUUACCAGAUGAGAGCUUUUUGUAGGACAAAAAGUGAGAACUGGGCAAAAGUUGUAAAGCAGCAAUUCUGUUAUAUGGACAGUGUUCUGCUUUUUAUUCCUAUUUAGCUCGUUUCAGAAAUUCUUCCUUUUGUUGACUGCCAACAUAUGAAGUAAGGGAAACUCAAUAUUAAGCUGUUAAAGACGGCUAUAUCAUUUCUUAAAAUCUGCGGAGCCUGGUUCCAAAUCAGUCACUUCCUUCAGAAGCAGACAUGGCAUCUGUUCCUUGCUUGCUUGUUGGUUGUGCCUACCUUUCACUAGACCUGCAUUUUAGAAUUGCCCAGUGCUGCCAGAAUGAGUGAUUGUAAUUCUGCUUUCAGGUAAAGAUAGCCUAUAUUAACACUGCUGAGUGAUUCAUAAACUAUCAACAAAUAGCAUUAACCCAUUUUAUUUCCUGGUCUUAGUGUCUGAAGAUGUUCACCAGUUUUCUAUGUACAGUAAGGCAGCAUGCUAAAAUGCUUUUGUUCAGUUCUGUAUAUUUGAAAAUAGCAGUGUGUUCUCUGAUGGUUACCUGCAGUGGCACCCUGUAUGGAAAAUAAAGACUUAUAGCCAUA